GAGGAGCUCAUUCUGACUUGUGGAAUCUACAGUGUGUUGUAAUCCAGUCAUCACUAGACAGCUGAAUCUCUGACACCAGGAUGGGGAAACAGAACAGCAAACUACGCCCGGAGGUGAUGCAGGAUUUGCUGGAAAGCACAGACUUUACCGAGCAUGAGAUCCAGGAAUGGUAUAAAGGCUUCUUGAGAGACUGCCCAAGUGGUCAUUUAUCCAUGGAGGAAUUUAAGAAAAUCUAUGGGAACUUUUUUCCUUAUGGGGACGCUUCCAAAUUUGCAGAGCAUGUAUUCCGCACUUUUGAUGCAAAUGGAGAUGGAACAAUAGACUUUAGAGAAUUCAUUAUUGCCUUGAGUGUAACAUCCAGAGGGAAACUGGAGCAGAAGCUGAAAUGGGCCUUUAGCAUGUAUGACCUGGAUGGAAAUGGAUACAUCAGCAAGGCUGAAAUGCUGGAGAUUGUUCAGGCAAUCUAUAAGAUGGUUUCCUCAGUAAUGAAAAUGCCUGAAGAUGAAUCAACACCAGAGAAAAGGACGGAAAAAAUCUUCCGCCAGAUGGAUACUAACCGUGAUGGCAAACUCUCCCUGGAAGAAUUCAUCCGAGGGGCUAAGAGUGAUCCCUCAAUAGUGCGCCUCCUGCAAUGUGACCCCAGCAGCGCCGGCCAAUUCUGAAACCCAUUCCCAUUGUCUGGAUGAAUUCUGUAGAGCUGCUUUUUUUUUCUUUUUUUUCCCUUUUUUGCCAAACAUUGGUGGUGAUGUUGCCUCUGUAUGGCCAGAUAUUUCUUCUUCUGUGACACCUUUUAGCUUCUUUUGUGGAUGUGUUCAUGGGAAUGCCAAGUGUUCUCAUCUGCUUGUCAAGAGCAUGGACAAUACUGUUCUACACAGAUUUUGUGGUGUUCAUUGUUUCAAGGGGUUUUUUAUUAUUAUUAUUGUUAUUUUGGUUUAACAUGUCUGUUUUUAAAACUAAGGAUCAUGGAUGCCAGAGUUCAAAAAGUCAUGUAACCCGUGAAGUAUCAUACCUGGGGGCCUGAAGAGAUUUAAAAGAUAUUUUAAAAAAGAAAAGACCAAAAAAGAAACUUAAAAAAACCCAUCAACUUCCCCAUAGUGUCUAUUCCUAAAUAUGCCUAAGUGUUCCAAGUACAGAUGCAGCUGGGGAGUAUUCCCCAAUAACAAGUUGCACCCUAGGUUGUAGGGCACAGCCACAAACUAGGCUUGAACAAUCAAUCCAAGAUGGCCCACUUCUAGUGAGGGGCUGUAGUGUCUAAGCUGUGAACAUUACUAAUGGUGAAUAAGGAGAGCAGGGGCCACAUAACUCAGCUGUUUUUGAAGCCACGUUUACACUAGACAAUUCAACCUAAUUUUAUUGAGGAAGUAAACAAAAACCUCCCAUAAUCCAUCUUCUAAAACCGGGCUUGUAUCUAGUCACUCUGUGUUAACAGAAAAGAAUGUUGUAAAUAUACAAUAAUGGCUGAUGAAGACAAAAACAGUAUUCUGAAAUGC